CUGGGAAUCACAUCUCAAUUUGGACAUCCGUGUAUCUGUAGUCACUGAGUUACUGUGUCGACAUCUGUGAGUGUACUUUAUGUUUUAUUUCGUUACUGUUUAUUUAACUGUUAGUGUACUUUGUGAUUUUUUGUUACUGUGUAGUCAACUGUAAGUAUACGUUGUAAUUUUUUUGUUACUCUGUAGUCAACUGUAAGUGUACUUUGUAAUUUUUUUUGUUACUGUGUAGUCAACUGUAAGUGUACUUUGUGAUUUUUUUUGUUACUUUGUAGUCAACUGUAAGUGUACUUUGUGAUUGUUUUAUUACUGUGUAGUCAACUGUAAGUGUACUUUGUGAUUUUUUUUAUUACUGUGUAGUCAACUGUAAGUGUACUUUAUAUUAUAUUUUUAUUAGUCAACAUUUUUACAAACGUGAUUAAAUGCAAACAUAUAUAAACAUCUUUGAUGCCUAGAAAUAGCACAUUUAUGCCAUGAAAAAAAAUGUGUGCAAACACUUUGAAACACCACGCAUUUGUGUCAAUAUUAUUGUGUUUCCUCAAAUGAUAUCCUUAAAUCUGUUGUGUCCAAUUUUAGACUUAACUCACGAGAUAUUUGAUCGGCUGAUUCAAAGAAACAAAAGGGGGGGGGGGGCAGCGGCUUUCUCAGAUCAUCACUAGGUUUUUUUUAUAGAUGCUAAAUAAAUAAAUAACCCCUUAAAAAAAUAGUUUUCGUAUAAAUCCUUAAAAAUAAUGCAAUAGCGAGCAAUGGGGGUAGGGCUGAAAAUUUGACAAGACAUUCUUACAAAUAGCGCACAGUGUAAGAAUCCACAAGACAUUCUUAUAAAUAACGCACAGUGUAAGAAUCCACAAGAUAUUCUUACAAAUAACGCACAGUGUAAGAAUCCACAAAACAUUCUUACAAAUAACGCACAAUGUAAGAAUCCACAAGACAUUCUUACAAAUAACGCACAGUGUAAGAAUCCACAAGACAUUCUUACAAAAAACGCACAGUGUAAGAAUCCACAAGACAUUAUUACAAAUAACGCACAGUGUAAGAAUCCACAAGACAUUCUUACAAAUAACAAACAGUGUAAGAAUCCACAAGACAUUUUUACAAAUAACACACAGUGUAAGAAUCCAAAAUAGUUCUUCCCCCCCCCCCCCAUGCCUGAAAACUCCAUAUUUUUUCACCCCCCUCAACUAUAUUCAUAUUAAAUAACAAACAGUGUAAGAAUCCACAAGACAUUUUUACAAAUAACCCACAGUGUAAGAAUCCAAAAUAGUUCUUCCCCCCCCCCCCAUGCCUGAGAACUGCAUAUUUUUUCACGCCCCUGAACUAUAUUCAUAUUUCAGCGAAACACUCGAAUUUCAUUUGCAGAUUUAUUUCAACAACCUUUUCAGAAAAAACGAAAGAAAAUAUUACGCACCAAAGGCACGUUUGGGAUUUUAAAAAAAAAAAUGUCUUUUAGCGCAGUUGGCGGGAAUUUUAUUUCAUGAACUCAUCUUCAGCAUUUGUCUUUAUCUUUUUCUUGAAAACAGGAAAAAUUGAUUUUUGUUGGGUUGAAGGAUGGGGCUGAACAUUUGAUAGGUUUAUUUGGGCCAAUUUCAGCUUAACGGGCUGACGAGAAUGGGUCAGUUAGCCGUCCGAAGAUUUGGCCUGCCAGCCAAGAACACAAGCGAAGUUAAUUAAUAUAAAGGUAUAAAAAAUGUUCUAUUCUUCAAGCCCGAUGUUGCCAUCACAACUACUACACAAGUUUUAUGCCUGCCAAGACUGGUGGAUUUGUACCGGUCAUCUUGUACACAGAGUAACCAACAGAACGCUGAAAGCUCUCCGAGGAAAGUAAUACUAACGGCCUCAAAGUGGCCUCCAGGCUUUGGCGUACACAGUAACGGUUUCAAAAGUGGAACCCUAAACACCGUGGCACAGUUCUUAACGGGUCGACUUUCAAAAGUAAAACAUCGGCAACGUGUCAGCAGCUCUUUGCUUUGUUACCUGUGCAUGGGAUGAUUUCAUAUUCCAAAAGACACAUCUUUAUGCUACACAAUUUUAAUAGGUUCAACACUAAAAUAAACUCCUAUUGUUAGACGGAGGGUGGGAUCUGAAAGGAAAAUCCCAUUUAAGUUUGUAAAAAAUAACCUGACAUCAUGUGUGCCUAUUAUCUGUUGCCUGAGUCAAUGUAACUUCUAUGCUACAUAUUGUAUGAAUUUACAUACUUUAUCAAAGCCUUUGCUGUGUCAUCAGACAGGGCGAUCUUUAUGGAACGUUUGCUGUAUGAUUCUAUCUCGUGUUAAUUGAGUUUUAGUGAUAAAAUUUUGUCCUCGGACCAACAUAAAUAAUAAUUGCAAUAUUUAAAAGCGCUUAUUCCAAAUUGCGUUUUGAAUUUUAAUGAACAAACGCCACACAAUUUGACAAUAAUUGUUGAGACAAUUACACUGCAGAAUGUCGCUGUUGCUAUUGAAUGAUAUUAAUGCUUGUUUUUAGUAAAUAAUUGCAGCAAAAAUUCACUUCUCCUUCAGAUAAAUGUAAGGAUUAUUUCAAUUUUAAGAUUAAUCAGCUUCUCCACUAGAAAGUUAUUGGUUUUUGUUAUCAUUUAAGAGAUUGUAUACUUUAACAAUAAUUUCAUGAUAAUAUAAGUUUUAGAGUAAAUAAUUUCAUUAAGGGCGUUUGUUAGAAAUAAUUAUAAAUUAAAUUUUCUUUCAACUUUAGAAAUCGAAAAUGAAAUUGAUUGUUACAAUGGUUGCCUUGAUGGUGUGCUGCAUGAACUUGGGCUUUGGAGAAUCGGAAAUUAUUGAGACGGUCUGUCGGAUCAAUGGCCAAGUGAGUAGCAUAUUCUACGUCAUUUUAUGGUAAUGUAUGCAGUAUACCGUGUGUCAUUUCAUUGUAAUGUAUGCAAUGUACUAUAUAUAACGACAAAGGUGAAUUAAGCAGUGUUUUGUUAACUUUUAUGUUUCUCAAAUUAAGUACAUACAUUAAAAAAUAUAAUGUGUCGUCACACCACUCAAUGAAAUUUUUAUAUGUCUGUUAAAUGACAUCUAUAAGUUAACAUUUUUAAUUGCACGAAAAAAGAGAUUUACAUGUAUUUAAAAGGUUUACAUUGCCACGUAUAUUAAAAAGAAAAAAAAAUUCAGGUCUGAAAAAGUACAUCAAUACAAAAUUUAGGUCUGAAAAAGUACAUCAAUAAAAAAUUCAGGUAUCAAAAAGUACAUCAAUAAAAAAAAUUCAGGUCUGAAAAAGUACAUCAAUAAAAAAUUCAAGUCUCAAAAUGUACAUCAAUUAAAAAAUUCAGGUCUCAAAAAGUAUAUCAAUAAAAAAAUUCAGGUCUGAAAAAGUACAUUAAUAAAAAAUUCAAAUUCAGGUCUGAAAAAGUACAUUAUAAAAAAUUCAAAUCAGGUCUGGAAAAAGUACAUCAAUAAACAUCGCAAUAAUAUUAUUUUUAUACUUUUAUUUGUAAUAAUAAUAAUAAUAACGUGUAUUUCAAAAACACGCUUCAUCCCCAAAGGCUCGAAGCGCGGUACAAGAGUAAAAAAUCUAUAAUUUACCACAUUUAAAACAAACGCAACACUACAAAAACUAAUUACAAGCAUACAAUGUCAAAGUCUUUCUAGACAUUUCAACCCUGAGAAACACAGCUAAUAUGCAUUAAAUGGAAAAUAUGGUAGACAAUCAUCCCAGAAGGUGUUUGCGAAAUAAAUAUGUCUUUAAAUCGGUUUUAAAGGACUCCAGUGUCUGAUUGUUUCUGAGACAGACAUAAAGGGCGUUCCAAAUUGUUGGACCAGCAAAUGUAAGUACUUUAGAAAUGUCGUCAGUGAACCGUCGAGAUAAAGUGAUUAAUACCUUCAUCAAAGCACGCUCCUAAUCCCGCACAGUACACAAAUACUCGGCCAAGUGCGCAACGUUAGGGAUGUCCUUCUGCUAGAACAGUCUCCUAAAUAUGGGGCCGCGAAGUGGCACGUUGGAUUCAUCCUUCUGCUGGAACAGUCUCCUACAUAUGGGGCCGCGAAGUGGCACGUUGGAUUCAUUAUUCUGCUGGAACAGUCUCCUACAUAUGGGGCCGCGAGGGGGCACGUUGGAUUCAUUCUUCUGCUGGACCAGUCUCCUAUAUAUGGGGCCGCGAAGUGGCACGUUGGAUUCAUCCUUCUGCUGGAACAGUCUCCUACAUAUGGGGCCGCGAAGUGGCACGUUGGAUUCAUCCUUCUGCUAGAACAAUAACCUUCCGUAAAUUCACUCCAUUGACUAGACUUUUCGGGGUAAUCUCACCCUAAGUACAUCCGAAUGUUCGAUGGUUUGGCCAUGCUUAUAUCACUAGCAAUUCACUGUGCAAGGGUCGAGAUGUUUCAUUUAUGUCCUAAAAUACUGUCCUGUACAUCCGGGGGAAGCGGUGGUCGCCUUUAAUUUCGGUUUUCUACCGCCAACUUCUACCGUGUAAAUAAAUAACGAUGGGAUGAAACGGUUCCCCAUGAAAAGCCUUCUUAAAGACUGUGUGUUUAGAAUCAGUACCAUGAGACGUUCACUAACCGCCUCAUGUCUCAUAAAUAUCAUCAGCAACAUGAUCCAUACCUCGUGUCUACCUUUGAUUUCACUGUAGAUAUAACUACAGUUGGAAAAUGCUACUUCUGAUGGUCGUUGGUACAAUUUGGGGAGAUACUAUGCAUGCCGUUGGACUGACGGAAUGGGAAGCAUGAUGCAGUGGUUAAUACGUUCCCUGGGUAGGGCAAAGGGGUUGGUUGUUAUGUUCCCCGGGUAGGGAAAGGGGGUUGGUGGUCAUUUUCCCCAGGUAGGGCAAGGGGUUGGUUGGUAUGUUCCCUGGGUAGGGCAAGGGGGUUGAUUGUUAUGUUCCCCUGGUUGGGCAAGGGGUUGGUUGUUAUGUUCCCCGGGUAGGCCAAGGGGGUUGGUGGUUAUGUUCCCCGGGUAGGGCAAGGGGUUGGUGGUUAUGUUCCCCUGGUAGGGCAAGGAGGUUGGUGGUUAUGUUCCCCUGGUAGGGCAAGGGGGUUGGUUGUUAUGUUACCCUGGUAGGGCAGGGGGGUUGGUGGUUAUGUUCCCCUGGUAAGGCAAGGGGAGUUAUGUUCCCCUGGUAGGGCAAGGGGGUUGGUUGUUAUGUUACCCUGGUAGGGCAGGGGGGUUGGUGGUUAUGUUCCCCUGGUAAGGCAAGGGGGUUGAUGGUUAUGUUACCCUGGUAGGGCUAGGGGGUUGGUGGUUAUGUUCCCCUGGUAGGCCAAGGGGGUUGGUGGUUAUUUUCCCCUGGUAGGGCAAGCAGGUUGGUGGUUAUGCUCCCCUGGUAGGGCAAGGGGGUUGGUGGUUAUGUUCCCCUGGUAGGCCAAGGGGGUUGGUGGUUAUGUUCCCCUGGUAGGCAAGGGGAUUUGUGGCAGCGCCUGUUUAGUUAAGAUUUCAUUACAGACAUGCUGAUCAGAGCAACGUUUGUUAAAGUAAUUUGUUAUUUCAUGAUUUUUGAGUAAGCUAUUGUGUUAUUUGUAAUAAUUUUAAAAAAAAAUAGUUUAGAAACUCAUUUUAAACACAUAUAUUUUCUACACAUGUCACAUAACCUGUUAUCAGAGCAUUGCACUUGGUGAGUCUGUGGGGAAAGUUAUUGAUAGCUGUAACAAUUGUAAUUGUGGAAACCGUGGCUUUGCCUGCACGAGGAUGGCUUGUCCAUGGUACCAGCCCCUGGAUUGUGAGAUCCAAGGACAGGUAAGAAACAUAGUAUUUCCUUAAUAACGUCACAUAUAAUUAUUACUUAAUUUGAAAUUUACAUUAUAAUUGCGUUUAGAAAAUUUUUGUUGUUCGAUGUAUUUCAGUCUUUUAAUGCGAAAUGACACUAUUGCUGGAAAAUUCUAAAUAAUUAAAAAGAAAAAACAAUAUUUUAUGGAAAAUAAUAUUCGUAAAAUAUUAAAUUUGUUGAAUAAAAUAUCGUUAAAUGAUGAUUCAAAUAAUGUACUUUCACAGCACCACAACCAUUAUGAUGUCAUCCCAUCUGAUGAUUGUGAGGAAUGUCGUUGCAGGAACGGCAACAUAGUCUGUACCGGCUGCCCAGCUUAAAUUACGGCUGCUGAUCUUUUGUGUCAGAUAGAAUGAACGUAGAAACGAUAAUUUGUUUGUGUUGUUAUGUCAUUUACAGAAUUUAAAAAACAAAUAAAAGAAAGCUUUUAACUUAUCAAAUUCAGUUGUAUUUUGUUUGUUACCAAAGAUAUAUAAAACACAUUUUCUCGAGUCAUCCUGAUUUGUUUUUGAAAUAGAGAUUUGUUUCUACCUGAUUAUGUUUUAUGAAUUAACAAACUCAUGGCUAUUAAUAAAUCUAUCAGCUACCAUAUAUAAUUUGAUCAAAAUGAAGCACGAUUUUAAAAUUAAGCGACC